GGAAAGAGGCGAGUAGUUACGAAUGAGACCGUCUUUUGCCUAAUAAACUCCAGUACAGCGCUCAUGCUACCGAGGCCCAGCAAAAUGCUGCCUGGAGCUUAGAAUGGAACGCGAUACAAACAAGAUGGCGGCGAGAAAUUGUUUUCUUUGGUUACGAUGAUAUCGCCUAUCUAGGUUCUUAUUUUAGACCGACAAAAAGCUGUCAUUCUCAGGUUAUGCCUGUUCAUUGAAACUUGAUGCUCCAAAUAUCAAACUGUGCAUAAGAUGGACAACUACCACGUACUGGAUAUUAUUGGGGAGGGAUCAUUUGGCAAGGUCUACAAGGGCAGAAAAAAGUACACAGGCCAGAUUGUUGCCCUCAAGUUUAUCCCCAAGUUUGGCAAGUCUGAAAAGGAGCUACGGAGUUUGCGUCGGGAAAUUGAGAUCAUGCGUGGCCUGCAUCAUGACAAUAUCAUUGAAAUGUUAGAUAGUUUUGAAACAGACAAGGAGGUUGUGGUGGUGACAGACUACGCUCAGGGUGAAUUGUUUCAGAUCCUGGAAGAUGAUGGGAAUUUACCCGAAGAACAGGUUCAGUUGAUUGCCUGCCAUCUUGUGUCCGCUCUCUUCUACCUCCACUCCCAUCGUAUCCUCCAUCGAGACAUGAAGCCCCAGAACAUCCUGCUGGGCAAGGGAGGCUGUGUCAAACUCUGUGACUUCGGAUUUGCUAGGGCCAUGAGCUUCAACACGUUUGUCCUCACGUCUAUAAAGGGAACUCCACUGUACAUGUCCCCCGAGUUGGUGGAGGAGAAACCAUAUGAUCACACUGCAGACUUGUGGGCUCUCGGCUGUAUCCUGUAUGAGCUGUUCACUGGGGCUCCACCAUUCUACACAAACAGCAUCUUCCAGCUGGUCAACAUGAUCAUCAAGGACCCGGUCAAGUGGCCAAAGAACAUGAGUGUUCCCUUCAAGGACUUCCUUCAGGGUCUCCUAAACAAGAACCCACGCCAGAGACUGUCCUGGCCGGAACUGCUUCACCAUCCAUGGGUGGCAGAGGGCAUUAAAGUAAAUGAGGAAGACACCAAGACAGACAGCCCGUUCACCCAGCCCCUGUCAGCCUCCAUGAUACUGAAGAAGGAGCAGCAGGCCAAGGAGAAAGCCCACCCACCUGGCACCUCCAAGAUCCUUGCCAAGGCCAGGAAGAAGGCCAUGGAGGAAGAGAAGAAGAAAUCAGCUAAAGAGACUCGAACCCAGGCAUGGGGAGACAAGAGGGAGGUGACUGCCCAAGAACCGAUGCCAAUCCACCCAGACAGGCCACACUCACAGCAAUGGGAGGACAAUGGCACAUCCAAGGAGCCAACAAUCCUGGAGAAUGUGGACCCUACUCCACGACCUAACAGAAUCAGCCAGGACUACAAAAAGGAGUAUCCUAGUAUUGAGAUUGAGGGGCCUCGGACCAUCAAGAGGAAGAACUCUAUCCCGGAGAAGAAGAAGAAUAUUGAGAAUGUCAAGCUAGAAGGAGAAGGAGAAGAGGAAGUGGACAGCGAAGAUGAGUGGACCGUGGUGGUUGAGACAACUGACCAGGAGGGUGACCCUGAAAUUGCCCUUCAGUUCCUCCAGGACUCAAAGUUCAUCUCGAAGCUUGACGCUCGACUCAAGAGCAGCUCAGCCCAAGUCCAGGACGGAAUGCUGGAGGGAGCCGCUAGACUCAGGACGGCAUUAAGAGUCCUCACAAACCUUGUCACACUCAAAUGCGAUGUCUUCAAGGUUCUUUCAUUUGUCAAGUCCAUGUCUGUGCCAGGAAGAGUGUUUGAUAUCCUCACCCAGAUCCUGGAAAAACCCAAAGUCAAACAGCAACCAUGGUGCCAGCAGAUCCUGAUAGACCUGGUCAUCACAGUCAAUGCCUACUUUGCCAGCGAGAUCAGCUGGAGCGACAGGGUCGGCAAGGAAGUUGCCCAGGAGUUCUUGUCCAACAUGCUCCAGUUCAUGGGGCUGGUGCCGAAGCUGCUGUCUCUCCAGAUAGACGAGGAUCUGAGACUCCGGGAACAGACUCUGCUGUGUGCUGUGUAUCUGAGUGAGGCCAUGGACAGGAAAUGUCUAGGUAUUGCCAACCAAUAUUUUCUGGCCGUGGCAUCAAAACAUACUGGCGCCAUUGACAAACUGCUGGACUGUACCCGAGCAGACCCACCUGCAUUAAAGAAACUCACAGAGCUAGCUGAGGGUAACGAGGAACUGGCUUCUGACCGCUAUGAGCAUAUGAUCCACUUGUCUGUGGGCAGUCUGUCGUCCCUCGUCUUUGUGGUGCUGGAGGCUCAGGAUGGAGUGGAUGGCAAGAGAAAGAUUGCCCACUACCUGGGAGAGAAGUUUGCCACUGCUGGUUUCGAGGGGUCUGCUGAUGAAUUCCUGCUUCUGUUACGGCACCCAGCUGCCUGUAGCACCAUCCUCAAGGUGGUGUACAACUGCUGUCAGACGUCCCACAACUUCUGUUCCUUCAUGGCCAACAACGUGCAUCACAUCGAGUCUCUCAUCGGCAUCCUCAUGGGGAAGGUGGAGGUGGCAGACAUGGAAGUGAACACUGUGACGGAGAUGGUCCUCCAUACCCUCAGCGCCACCAUCAUACAGCUCCACACCAUACCUCCCAUGAUAGCAGACACUGCUGGCAUGAUGGUGUCAUUCUUCCUGGACUCCACUGUAGCAAGUCACACAGCUGCGGCAGCGCUGUUGUUCAGUCAGAUGGUGUACUGUGGAGUGUCUGUGGAGGUACAGCCCGAGGACAUGCUCCAGGCCUGUCUGUCAGUCUUCACAGACCUAGCUCAGAUCUGUGUGCGAUGCCCAUUUGACUACGGUGUCCUUGACGGCCUGUUGCUGCUGCUGUGUGAACUCCUAGCUCAGUCGGACGUACCCGUGGCCCAGCUGUAUAUAGAGAGUGGGAUCUGGGGGACGCUAUGGCACCGAGUGGCCCAGGCCCUUCAGGUGCACAACCCAGAGACCAACAUGCCGAUACACGACAUCGAGGCUGAUGGAGACUCGGCACCGGGGUUUGUCCCCCCAAACUGGGGCCUUGUGUCCCCCCAAGGACUCAUGGCAGCACUGCAGAUGGCAGUGUCAGUCUUUGCCAAGGAGACGUACCAGUGUAUACCGAACCUGGCUGCAUCAGACAGCGUAGUGAUGCUUACGCUGGUCCACGUGCUACACAAGGAGUUCCUAGCCUUGGUUGCAUCUGAUUUUGGUUCUGAAGGCAAACAGCUUGCUGUUGACAUGCUGUUGGAGAUCACACAGCUAUGCUGUUUCCCCUUCGCUGUGGAUGCCAAUGAGGAACUUCUUGCAGAGAUACAACAUUGCCUCUACACAUGUGACCUCCUGCCUCGCCUGGUGGCCGGCUGUACCUGUUACCUGACCAAGGAGAACCUCGAGACCCCCUUGGGUCUCAUUGCCAGACUUGUGCUCGCCAACAGAAUCUUUGUGGAACAGUUUGCUUCAGCUGUUAAGGAGGAAAAGGCUGUGCCCUUCCUGGUGACGCUAAUCCAAGAAGACCAGCCCAUCUCCAUCGUCUGUGACACCCUCACCAUCUGCAGCCACCUGGUCCGAAUGUCUCCGCAACACCUCACCCUCGUCAAGUCAGUCUUUCUGGGCAAUAAAGGUGACUACGAACCUCUGGUCAAGAUGAUAACCAAUGUGUCCACAGCGGUCCGAUCACGGACAUGUAGCUUGCUGGGUAAUCUGAUGAAACACGAUGCACAAAUGUACCCUGUCCUCAAACAAAGGGAUAAAAUACUGACCGGGUUGAUAGCACGACUGCAAGAUGAAGAUUCUAAUGUCAGAAAGGGCGCCAGCUAUGCUAUCGGUAAUGCUGCUUACCAUAGUGGGGACCUGUACACCAAGUUAAAGUCUGCCAUUCCUCACCUGGUCCGACUACUCCGAGAUCCUCUCACCAAGACCAAGACUAAUGCAGCCAGUGCCUGUGGAAAUCUGGGUAUGCACUCCCCUGUUCUGGUUCCAGAUAUUAAACAACACAAGGUCAUAGAACACCUCAUCGAUGUGGCGUGCUCCGACAAUCAUCCCAAUGUCCAGACCAAUACUCUCCUAGCACUACGCAGUCUGGCACAGCAGGAACUUCUCAGAAAGGAAAUGGUGUCCUUGAACGCAGUCGGCAAGCUAUGUGACCUGACGGCAGCCAGCACCCCUCGUCCUGUCUCCGCCCUCUCCCGCCCCACCUCCCAGAUGUCCGGGCGGGGCAGCAGCCUCAGCAUGCAGGGUGGGGGAGACUACAACAUCUCCUCGCAGUGUAACAAACUCAUACGUCUACUGCAAGGGAGCUAGCAGCUGCCAGUCCCGUGUCAAGGUGGCACUGCCAUUAUCCACAUACACAACAUGUUGAAUGCUUGCAUAGCAUUGGUUCUUUCAACACCUGCAUUAUAGGUGAAAGCCUAUAUGGUUGAAGUGUCAAUAGGUUUGUUUCACGCAGAGUGAACUGUCACGAUAAAAUAUCGGGUAAAAUGAAUGAAUUCAGGUAAGAAGAAUUAAUGAUCUGCCUUUCUAUAUUCCCGAACUAAGGAUGGAAUGGCAUUUGCGACAAGUAUGCCCUGGAUUCAUUGUAUGCCAAUAUACAGCAAUGCGCUUUUCAACAGUAUGUAUUGCAAUAUUUUCUCCAUGUUCCGGUAUACUGGUAAACAUUUUCAUUAUCUGUAUCAUGUUACCCUAAAACUACACAGAAAUUCAUUCAAAAAUGAUGUUUCCCUUCACAAUGAAUUGCUGGAAGCACGAUAUGAUUUUUCUUACAUUGUUAUUUCCCCUGUAUUCGAGCAUAAAGGAGAUAUGUUAUGGAUAACGUCUAAACUGAUGCACCUCGAGCUGUGUUGUUGUGGAUUUGUUAAUUUUUAUAUGUACAUGAAUUUGAUCUGUGAAGUAUCGUUCAAUCCAUCCACGAACAAAUUCCCUCCAAUAUCACACAUCUAGAGUUUAUGUUUUAUCAUAGCUGUGUGUCACAAUGUUUAAUACCGGUAUUUAAAAUGUUAACCAUGUUUGUGACAUGUUGAGUCACAUGCUGUAAAUUCCCUCCAAGAUUGCAUGCAAUUUCAUGUGACCUAUCUCACAUUCCACCAGAAGCAUAAUGAUUGUGUCCAAACUUAAGAUUUUACACAAGCUUCCGUCCAGAAGUACUUGAUAUGCAUUAAGCAAUGUACCCGGUACCAUUUUGUAACAUUUCAACUUAUUCAUAUCAACAUUACUAUACCUGUCACAGUUAAUCACUGAGUUUGAGAAAUAUUAGAAACUGCAUAAUAUACAGUACCAGAGUUUCGGAUCAGUAGGAUGUGACUGAUCCAAUUUUAAGAUUUAGUUCAAAUUUGGUAAGGAUAUUAAAGAAUGUCCUUUGAAACGUUAAUAUAUUGAAAAUAUUCUGGUGCCAUUUGUGUCCAGCUACAUACCAUAAUCAACAUAAGAAGCAUCCCUUCUUGAGCACAGGGGCGGUGGGGUAGUCUAGUGGUUAAAGCGUUCGCUCGUCACGCCGAAAACCGGGGUUCGAUUCCCCACAUGGGUACAAUGUGUGAAGCCCAUUUCUGGUGUCCCCGCCGUGAUAUUGCUGGAAUACUGCUAAAAGCGGCAUAAAACUAAACUCACUCACUCACUUCUUGAGCACACAUGACAUUAUCUAUGCCUUACCUUGACUAUAAAGUGGCACCAGACCUGUUCAUGAUGUCAGUCACUGGAUUGUACAGUUCAGCCUCAGUUAUUUACAGACAGAUCUCGUGGCUGAAAUAUUGCUGAGUGUUGCGUUAAACUACAAACAAUCCAUCAACAAAUCUUGAUUUAGGAAAUCCUGUGAGAGAUGUUAUCUGCUAUUUUUAUGGACAAUUUUCAUCAUACUUUGAACGUCAUCUGAUGAUUUAAGCGUCUGUUACAUUGAAUAUUCAUAUAAUGUUUUCUCUUCUGGUUGUCAAAGAGAUUUUUGUACAUUCCGCAGAGAAAUAAACCAUUCACUAAGUAA